CGGGCUGUGUGCGGUAGGCUGUAGUAGGCUGUAGAUUGCGAUUUCAGCACAGCCCUAGUGCAGCUUUCAUCAUCGCAUCUAAACCCGUGUGAAAAGAUUCAGCCUUUCUAAUAACAAGCAAGAUAACAGAUAAACCCUACAGUAGUCAGCAAACAACAAUGUUUUAGACAUCACUAAAACAUUACAUUGCAUUACUUAUUCCUCUUCCUCUUCCACCUUCCCGCCGGACAAAGCAAACGAAUGAUACCCAUUAGUCGCGAUAUUCGAAUAUUCCAAUAUUCUUUCCUCAUUACCUUCAUAGGUCCCAGUAACGAGCGCCGCACUACAUACGCUAAACCAGUGCGAUACCGUUAAAUGAUUUACGGGAUCAAACCUAGAGGUUACCUCGACCGGGUUCUAUCCUGCGCCAGUUUCACUUAGACUUUUCACAGUCACAAUUACCUACAUACCUACCUACCAACUACAUCGUUGCGCCUUACGAAAUCUGCCCUGUAUACGGCCUUCGCGUCCAGCCCCUACGUAUUCGCCCUACUACCUAUUCGCUCGGGUUCAUUCCUGAGCACACAUCGACACAAUGGCAGCAAGGAAAUUACAACAAGAGAUAGACAAAUGCUUCAAGAAAGUUGCAGAAGGAGUGGCCGAGUUCGAUGCCAUUUACGAGAAGAUCGAGCAGUCAAAUAACACGGCCCAGAAGGAGAAGCUGGAAGAUAACCUCAAACGGGAAAUAAAGAAGCUGCAGAGAUUACGAGACCAAAUCAAGACGUGGGCUGCUAGCAAUGACAUCAAGGAUAAGGCCCCGUUACUGGAGCAUCGGAAACUAAUAGAGACGCAAAUGGAACGGUUUAAGGCUGUAGAAAAAGCUAUGAAGACCAAGGCGUACUCGAAAGAAGGCCUCUCGGCAGCCGCCAAGUUAGAUCCGAAAGAGCAAGCUAAGGUAGAAGCGGGCGAGUUCCUAAGUAGUAUGGUCGACGAGUUGGAACAGCAGAUCGAGGCGCUCGAAGCGGAAGGAGAGGCGAUACAAGCGACAAUGAAGAAGGGCAAGAGCCACGCUGCCAAGGCGGAUCGUAUGGCAGCUAUUGAGCACAUAAUCGAAAGGCAUAAAUGGCACCAGGGAAAGCUCGAGUUGAUUCGUAGAUCACUCGAUAACGGGGGCGUCGACACGGAACAAGUGAACGACUUAGAAGAGAGUAUUCGCUAUUACGUCACAGAUGGUACAACAGAUGAUUAUAUCGAAGACGAAGGACUUUAUGACGAGUUGAACCUUCAAGAAGAGGAGGACGUUUACGGUAUGGUCCAGGACAAUGACCGAGUUUCGUCGCAAGAUACGCAAUCUAUACAGGAAGACGUUGCGGAUGUGGAAUCGCGAUCUGGUAGCCUACCCGGAAAGUCACGAAGUGCUGUCGAUGCUGCUGCCGCCGUCGGCCGGCGCCCCUCCGCACAGAUGAAGUCUCCUCUCCCGACUCUAGCAACAUUACACAACCCCUUAGCGAAUGUUACUAAUGGUAGUACCGCCAAUGCUGGUAUGAAGCCUGCAUCAUUACCAACACGGCCGGCUGGAGAGGGUCUCAAAUAUGCCUCAGCCGCUGCAGCCGCUGCCGCAAGCGAUAAAAACAAUGUUGGUAUCGCGCCACUUCCUCCACCACCUGGAUCGCAACCAAUAUCAGCUACACCGGGUAUUUCACCUUUACCUCCUGCUGCGCCGUCGAGGACGAGUGCUGCAAAUUCACCAAGUAUAGCUUUCUUACAACCGGCUCCGUCAGAACAAAAACUGGGGAGCCUUUCUGUUCCAGCAAGCGUGCCUGAACCUAAGGUCUCCGAGCCAACUAUCCCGGCCGCUGCUCCGAAGAAGCCAGAGAAGGCGUCUUCGAAAGCUGCAGGUAAGGCGCCCGUUACUACGGAUCACGCUGAAUCUUCGAGAGCAACUCAAUCCAAUGGCAUCGCUAAUGGUAUUAAGCCUAUUGAGGAGAAGGAAGAAGAGUCUAUAUACCAUCUCCCUGCUUCGUUACAGGAUUUAGUAGAGUCUUUCGAAGUGACGAAGAAGCGUUCACUGCCGGUGAAUAGCCCGUCACAUCUGCGCAUGAUGGCGGCCUCUCAGGCGAACCUGAAUUCGAUCGAUGCAUUCGACUCUGAGCCAACCCGGAUAUAUAGACCUGAUACCCGAUAUCCUUCAGCAUCGGGGUACCCGCAGGAACCGCUCCCAAUAUUCGAAGACCCCAGGCUAUACUCGCGUAUAGAACCCGAUACGCUCUUCUAUGUAUUCUACUACAAGCAGGGCACUUAUCAACAGUAUCUAGCAGCCAAGGCGCUUAAAGAUCAAAGUUGGCGGUUUCAUAAGCAGUACCAAACUUGGUUUCAACGACAUGAGGAGCCUAAGAGCAUAACUGAGGAGUUCGAGCAAGGCACCUAUCGCUUCUUUGACUACGAGUCGACGUGGAUGAACCGCAGGAAGGCAGAUUUUAAAUUUGCCUAUCGUUUUCUCGAAGAUGACGUAUGAAUAUCUUAGUCCCUGCUGCCUAUCCUAAGCAUAGUAGAUGGUCAACUGGCAGGGGCCCUUUACCUCGCAAGGCUUACUGUAUGGAAUAUACUGUUGAGGCAGAGCCGUGGCAAAUAGUCUGCCUUUGUCGUAAUAUCUGUAAGGAAAUACAUACAAGAACAGCCUGGUUCUUUCCCGGUGGUUUCACUUAGAAUUAUUCAAUGCUGUGCGAUGCUCCCGAGUGCGGAAUGACCUAUUUAGCUUUACUAAUAAUUUCCCAAUGAAUGAUACGUCUGGCACAGAUAGACAAAGUAGGUUCCUUGGCCGUAUAUUCGCUUUGCUAACUUUCACGAUCGAGGACUUGUAAGUGUUGUUUCCUCUCACCGCUCAAAAUUUUGAGCUCAACCGUCUACCAGUUAUACGCCGAGUCGAGGAAGACCGGUGAAGCAAAAAAUCGGUCCCUAGGUUGCGUGCCGUCUUCGGCUGCGGUCUGCUCACGAAUAAAAUAUGUGAGCAGCGUCCGAGUCGGCGUCCAACAGACAAGCUGACGCUUUGCU